AUGAAGUUCCUCCCGUCGCUCCUCGCAGCCGCCCUCUCGCUCGCCCACCUCUCGUCAGCCGCAGGUCUCGAUAUCGAGUAUCAAACGCCCGAGAUCGAAUGUACUCGCAAGACGAUAAAGGGCGAUCAGAUUGAUGUGCACUACCGUGGGUCUCUACUCAGCACAGGCAAGGAAUUCGACUCCAGUUACUCGCGGGGGAAGCCUUUGGGUUUCCCACUGGGCGCAGGACGGGUCAUCAAGGGAUGGGACGAAGGCCUCCUGGACAUGUGCAUUGGUGAGAAGCGGAAGUUGACGAUCCCGCCGGAAUUGGGUUACGGGGACAGGGAUGUUGGGCCCAUCCCGGGCAACAGCGUGCUGGUCUUUGAGACGGAAUUGGUGGGAAUCAAGGGCGUGAAGAAGGACGAAUUGUGA